GGAGCUCAAGCUCCAACCUUUCUCGCAACUCUUCGUUAUUUAUUAAAGAUCUUGUAAUAUCAAGAAUCCCCGCGAUUACAUUGCACGGCAUAUGCACAACUACACCAAGACUACUUGCUAGCCAAUAUCCAUCAUUACACAACUACCCCAAGCCCGCCUCUCUGUCAUCUUUCCCAACAAAACGCAACUACACGCAAACGGGAGAGUCAAGCAUACAUCCAUCCAUCAUGUCGACAAACGAACCUGAUUCUCUUGACCCUCCACCCUCUCGAGCUCCGGAUCAUACACUUCGCAUAUCUACUUCUCCUCGAAACAUUUCGAUAUCUAGUUCUCCACAGAAUCCUCAGUAUUUGUCGAAUUCUCCGCAGGAAGUUAGAUAUUCUGUCUCACCAAGAGAGGCUCGGCAUCUUUCUGCUGAAGACCAUCGAUCAUCUGCUUCACCUACUGCUGAAGAAACUAGUUCUCCUAGAAAUACCCGAAACAUCUCUCCCGACGACCAACGUCGGUUCGCUUCACCUACUGCUGAAGAAUUAUACACUUAUGGAGAACCAUUCCCCGAGCUGCCAGAAUAUCCUCCGCAUGUCGCAGAUCCUUUAGUGCAUAUCCAACAACCAUCUAACUCACAAGACGGCUCGCAGAUGCCUAGAGAAGAAGUCACUUCUUUUGCUGGGUACUUCACGUUGAUCACAGAUUCGACUAUGGGAGUCGAGGAUGGAGAUGGAAAUCCGAAGACACCAACAACACACCAUCCGUGUAAGAUCCAUUAUAUAUUUUCGGAUGAUGAAGAUUGUGAGGAAUUGAAAGAGGCUUGUUUGAGAAGUUUACCGAACGCGUCCAAUGCAGAUACUUCAAAUAGUAAUUCCAUGACGAAUAAGAGUUCUGGGGAAUUAAGAACAUCAGGCUCGAGCUCGAGCUCAAAAUCCAUAGUAGUAGCAAAAAAGGAAAACAAGGAUACGCAGGGGGAACAGAGGGAGGAAAGAGUUAUCAUCAUCGAUAUGAACGAAACGGGAGAUAGAGUAGUCGGAGCACAAAGUUUAAGUGAUAAAUGGCAGGUUAUGGGAUGUGAGAUUGGCAAAGCACCAAUUUUCGAAAGUGUGGGUGAGGAGGGUGGAGAGAAAAAGGAGAAGGGAGGUGGAUUGAUGCUGAGGAUUGAUGGAGUGGGAAUACCUGUUCAUAAAGGGGACAAGAAGUUGAGUGGGAGUCGGGAGAAGGGUAAAGGGAAGGAAAACAACGAGAUGAAUGAAAAAGAGAUUGGGGAUUUGGAUCUGGACAAGAUACUUGAGGGGUUUGAUAAACGGAUGGGAAUUUUACGUAAAGUUAUUGGUGGUGUGGGUUGGGAUACAGAAGAGGGGGGGUUGGAUAACUAUGAUGGAGAAGCAGCAGAUGAAGAACGAGACGAAGAACGAGAUAUGGCGAUAGCUGGGUUGCAGUCAGCUGAAGAAGAGCAGAGAGGACGAGAGGAAGAAAGAGAUGCACUUGAAGCUUCUUGAUUUCUAAGACUGGAAAUGGAUGUAUACUUUGGGCAGGCGGAAAGGUUUUGGGAUAGGUGGAGUUGCAUAUAUUAACUAAUACAUACAUUCACGACAUGGCAAGACGAUGGCACGGUACAGCACGACAUAGCAUGAUACGGAUUAUCAUAGGCGUGUAUCAUAGGCGCAAUAUCAUUUUAAUAUCUCAUGGUAAAUAGACAUGGCAUCAAGGUUUAAGCGAGGUGGGGACGGGAGGAAAUGCAGCGGGAUAUCAGAUCAGUAUGUUAUGUAUGGGAAUUAAUGGACGGGUCGGUUGGUUUAUCUCUUAAUGUUUGUUUUGGGAGAGAGGGUUUAAACGGUGUUUAUAGGAGAAACGGAGUGAGGUAAUUAUAUCAGUCGAUUCAAUGCAUUGCUUCGGUUUGAAUCA